GAUGCACCCGCGAAGUGCGCCGAGGCUGAGCAAUUGUAAAGGAAAUUAUUGGUUGGCAAGACAUGACCGACAGUGAAGAUCGAUAAAUAACUCAGAUUAUCAAAAUCUUAUCACUGGGCGCAGCAGGCCUGGUGUUCCCUUAGGACCGUCUCAGAGAUGGAGGAGAAGCCUGGCAGCCCCAUGGCUGUGAGGACAGAGAAGCAGUCGCAGAGCAUCCUCUUCACCUACUUCCAGGGCGACAUCAACAGCGUGGUGGACGAGCACUUCUCCCGCGCACUCAACAAGGCCAACAAGCCCAAGGACCUGACCACCAAGAACAAGAGCAGCCGACGGAUCCCCAAAACUGAAGCACUGGGCCCUCCUCCUGCCUCGGCCCCAGCUCCAGGUUCUGGUCCAGCCCCGGCGCAGUGGGUUUUCCCAGCCUCUGCCUGGCCCGAGGCGGACUUCCCCUCCAGCUCUGCGGGACGGAUUCAGCUGUCUGCGGCAGAUGACCUGCACUCACCCCAGAGUGUGAUCGCCAGCCCCAACGGCCAGCCGCCUGCUCUGUGGCCCUUCUCUCCUCGGCCUGGCUCCGGUUUCGGGAUCCCCGGGAUGGUGUACUCCCAGCCUGUGUCCGCUGAGGGGCCUGGGGCUUCCGAGAGGCAGUACAGUUCCUUCCUCAACCUGCUACACAGUGACCGGCCAGUGGGAGGUGCCUCAAUGGGCUCUGCUUCAAAACCAGAGCUCACUCAAGCCUGGAGCCCGUCUACUGGAUUCAGAGAGCCUCUGGGACCUGGAAUCAGCCUGGAUGGAAUACAAGGGUCAGAAAAGAAGAAGGAUUUGUACUGGUACUGAAAAUGACUGACUGUGCUGACAGAACAAUGAGACGGUCCGUAAUCCAGGGCUUCACAGCAGAGUGCCCAUACUAUUAACACGGAAAUCACAUACUCUAUCUCUAUGGAGCUAACAUAAACCAGAGGAUUGCUAACCUGGGCAAAAACAACAAUCAUUACUGUGCAAUACUCAGUACUUAAGAUGUGUUGCACAUACCUGACUGGCAAUUCUUUACUGAGGUUAGCUACCAGGAAGAAUGGUCACGCCUACUUAUCAGGUACUUGCUCUGUUGUUGUGGUGUGGGAGAACCUGUUUGAGAACUGGCUUGUGACACAGAGAGUUACUGUACCAAAAGAUGGAGGACAAUCAAAAUGCCAGCAGUGCUGCGCUGCAGAGAAAUCAGGUUUUUCCACCCUUGGGGGCCAGAGAGAGAGAGAGAGAGAGAGAGAGAGAGAGCUACAUGUCUUCUUUUGAAAGAUAUUCCACCCCUAAGGUUUCUGAUCCAACAAGGCAUGUCUUACAUGAAAACAUGAAGGUCAAAAUUAUAGGUGGGAAACCAGAAAAUAUCAGAAUCGUGAAAAGAUGGCAAGCAUCACAAAAAUGGCAUUAUUUUUACAGUUAUUAUGGCCGAAUUCAGAAGGACAUAUUGGGACACUGUGACAGUUCAUGUUUUGUCUUACUGAGAUUUCCUUUCUGUGCUCUAUGAUUAUCUUUUGUAUCUUUUGUUCACGUAAAAAUUUUUUUGAAGAAAAAGGCAUGCCUUGCGAGGUAUUCUUCGAGGUGAUUAAUGCACAGCAUAGUCAUAAAUAAUGUUCGUAAUGUCGCAAUACAUUGGAAGUCAUGUCAGUGGUUGGCAGCUUACAAUUUGUUGCAAAAUUAUGGCAACAUAUUGAAGUUUCUAUUAUAUUUCAGACCUUAAUGAGUUUUCUAUCUUUGUGAACGAGUGCUGCUUGCCCACCCUCUACUCCUUUACCUUUGUGAUUGGUCAGUAUAAACCUGGGUUUCACAUGUACACGAAUAAGCAAUAACAGACAAUUGUGUAUGUAAAUAGAACAUUGUAAAUGUAAUUUGGUGUAGGGUCUGCUUCAUGCUAUGUUUGAUAUUGUAUGACCCUGAACCUAAAAGAUUCAUUUGAUUAUGGUGUUAAUAUUAGAGGGCAUUAUUAUAUGAUAUGAAGUGGCAGGUUCACAUACAUACCGUUUGAAGAUAUUGGUUUAUCAACUGUGUUAUAUUCUGCUAUUCUGUAAUACCCAGGCUACUCUAGAGAGAGAGAGCAACCAUUUUCUGUAUAUUGGUUGGGAGGGAUAGUUAGCCUAACAUUACAGGUUAACUAACAAGUAUAUUAUGGUACAUUAAAGCAUAAUUCACUGA